UGUCAACCGCCAUUAAAUUGAAGAAGAAGAAGCCAGUGUUGUGUGUGUUGUGUCGAUGCCUCUCUCGGUCUGUGCGUGUGAGCUGUAAAAUGGCAGAAUUCAGUGUUUCUGUGGCUCAGGAUCAGUUCAGCUGUGCGGUGUGUCUGGAUCUCCUAAAUGAUCCGGUCUCCAUUCCGUGUGGACACAGUUACUGUAUGAGCUGCAUCACAGACUGCUGGAAUAAGAAGAGAGUCUACAGCUGCCCUCAGUGCAGACAGACCUUCAGCCCCAGACCCGCUUUAGCUAAAAACACCAUGCUGGCUGAAGUGCUGGAGAAACUGCAGAAGAGCAAACUACAAGCUGCUGGUCCUGCUCAGAGUCCCGCUGCAUCUGGAGAUGUGGAGUGUGACGUCUGUACUGGAGCCAAAAACAGAGCCGUCAAGUCCUGUCUGGUGUGUCUGAACUCUUACUGUCACACUCAUUUUCAGCUCCAUCAAGAGAUUCACCCAGGAAAUCAACACCAACUGACUGAAGCUACUCACAGAUUGAAGGAGAUGAUCUGUCCUCAACAUGAGAAACUCCUGGAGAUCUUCUGCCGCACUGAUCACUGCUGUAUUUGUUAUCUGUGUUUGGUUGAUCAACACAAACACCAUGACACUGUUUCAGCUGCAGCAGAGAGGACUGAACUAGAGAGUCGGCUGAGGGAAACCCAGAGCAGAUUCCAGCAGAGACUCCAGGAGAGACAGAAGGAGCUGGAGGAGCUGAGAGAGGCUGUGGAGUCUCACAAGCGCUCUGCACAGGCCGCAGUGGACCACACCGAGAGGAUCUUCACUCAGCUCAUCUGCUGGAUUGAGAGAAGCCGCUCGGAGCUCACGCAGAUGAUCAGAGAUGGAGAAAAGACUGCAGUGAGUGGAGCUGAAGAACGACUGGAGCGACUGGAGCAGGAGAUCAAUGAUCUGAGGAGGAGAAACGCUGAGCUGGAGCAGCUUUCACACACAGAAGAUCACAUCCAUUUCCUCCAGAGUUUGCAGUCUCUCUCUGUCCCUCCUGGAUCUACAGACUCAUCCAGCAUCACUGUCAGCUUUCCACUCGAUUUUGAUGAUAUUGUUAAAUCUGUGUCUCGUCUGAGAGACAAACUGCAGCAGUUCUGCACUGAGGAGAUGAAGACCAUAUCUAGCAGAGUGAGCAGCAUUAGCAGGAUUCCCGCUCCUGAACCACAGACCCGUGAGCAGUUCCUCCAGUAUUCUCAACAGUUCACUUUGGAUCCAAACACAGUCAAUAACUGGCUGGUUCUGUCUGAAGGAAACACAGCGGUGGAAAAUAAAGGUUCAGUCCAGCCGUAUCCUGAUCAUCCAGACAGAUUUGAUUAUUGGCGUCAGGUGUUGUGUAGAGAGAGUGUGUGUGGACGCUCUUACUGGGAGCUGGAGUGGAGCGGUGCACGUGUGUUUCUCUCAGUGUCAUAUAAGAGCAUCAAGAGAAAAGGACGGGGUAAUGAGUGUCUGUUUGGACGCAAUGCUCAGUCCUGGAGUUUGUCCUGCUCUGCUGAGAGUUUCUCAUUCAGGCAUAAUAACAAAAACACUGAACUCCCUAAACCCUCCGUCAGCUGCUCUAGAAUAGGAGUGUAUGUGGAUCACAGUGCAGGAACUCUGUCCUUCUACAGCGUCUCUGACACAACAAUGAGCCUCAUACACACACUCCACACCACAUUCACACACACAAACACACUCUGUCCUGGAUUCUAUGUUUAUAAAGGUUCAAAAGUGAAGCUCUGUGAUCUGACAGUGUAGAUGAUGCAGAUCCUCCGUGUACAAUAAUGUGGAAAAUACUCCAAAUAUCAGUCUUGCUUUAUUUGUGAUGUUUAUAAUAAACUGACUUUAAAAAUUAACACUGAUUUUAUUCAUCAUUUGUGUUCAUAAGUUGUCCUGAAGUGUGAUUGUAGAGAUGUGUUGAUGUUUUGGCUGAUUGUUGUUCAUAUUUAAAUCAUCAGCACAUCAGCUCCAGAUUGAGAAAGGCCAAUAUAACAGAUCAAUAUAUACUGAAGUAUGGAGUUGUGUAAUGUCUGCUGCAUAAUCCUCUCUGUAAAACAACACAGCACUGGGCCAAACUAAAUGAGAAAAGUGUUGUGUUGAGAACACUGAUAUAGAGAGUUUUCCUCUGCUCAUGUUGAUGACAGUGAUCUACUUUUCACAGCAGUGUCUGUUCAGUUGCUCAUUUCCUCUUUAAAUGCAGAUCGUCUUGUUCUUUGUUUAAUCAUCAGUUGUUCAUUAUGGAGUAUUUGUGUUUAUAAAUGCAGAUUGUGAUGGUUUUGUUUAAUAAAGAACUGUUAAAUGUC